GAAAGCGAGUGGUAGAGAGAGAAAGUGAAAGAGAGAGAGGGGGAAGACCCUGACCAGUGCCAAGAACAAGAGAGAUGAGAGAGGCCGGGCAAGAAUCCUAAACCGAAUCCCCUCCAAAAACCCACCGGUCGAGCUCCCCAAUCUCCAUCUCCAACUCCGAGAACAAGAACAAGAACAAGAGAGCAUCCUCCGAGGACUAGAGGCGACCACAAGGGAAUAAAGGGAGCUCAGAAAGACCGCGGAAAAAAAAGUUCCGAGGAGCAAGAGCAUGGAGAAGGGGAUGGAUCCGGUGCUGCUCGACAGCAUCAUCGGCCGGCUGCUGGAGGUGAAGACUCUCAAGCCGGGCAAGAACGCGCAGCUGUCGGAGUCGGAGAUCAAGCAGCUCUGCGCCGCCUCCAAGGAGAUCUUCCUCUCGCAGCCCAACCUCCUGGAGCUCGAGGCCCCCAUCAAAAUCUGCGGUGAUGUUCAUGGUCAAUAUUCUGAUCUCCUGAGGCUCUUUGAAUAUGGUGGAUAUCCUCCUCAGUCCAAUUAUCUUUUCUUGGGUGAUUAUGUGGACCGGGGAAAGCAAAGCCUUGAGACAAUAUGCCUUCUUUUGGCUUAUAAGGUCAAGUACCCUGAGAACUUCUUUCUUCUAAGAGGCAACCAUGAAUGUGCAUCAGUAAACCGCAUCUAUGGAUUUUAUGAUGAGUGCAAGCGCAGAUUCAGUGUAAAACUCUGGAAAACGUUUACAGACUGUUUUAACUGCUUACCAGUAUCAGCAUUGAUAGAUGAAAAGAUUCUAUGUAUGCAUGGGGGCCUUUCUCCAGAGUUGAACAAGCUGGAUCAAAUACUCAACCUCAAUCGCCCCACAGAUGUGCCUGAUACUGGGUUACUUUGUGAUCUUCUUUGGUCCGAUCCUUCCAAUGAAGCGCAAGGGUGGGCUAUGAAUGAUCGUGGUGUUUCAUAUACAUUUGGGCCUGAUAAAGUGACUGAAUUUCUUGAGAAGCAUGAUUUAGACCUCAUAUGCCGAGCGCAUCAGGUUGUUGAGGAUGGAUAUGAGUUCUUUGCUGAUCGUCAGCUUGUAACAAUAUUUUCGGCGCCUAAUUAUUGUGGAGAAUUUGAUAAUGCCGGUGCCAUGAUGAGUGUAGAUGAGACACUGAUGUGCUCCUUCCAAAUACUCAAACCUGCAAGGAAAAUGUUAGUUGGUUCAACUAAUACCAAAUCUGGCUUCAAGUCAUUGAGGGGAUGGUGAUGGUGGCGUGGUGAUUGGUGAGCUAGCUGUGAUCGGAUCUGCAGGGCACAUACCUCGAGCGGCUGCGACUAACUGGCAUUUUAGCCUGUACCUCGUCCCAGAACAAGAACGCAGAUGUGUACAACUCUCUCGUCGAUGGAACUGUACAUCGUUCAUGUCGGAUUAACACUUGUAAUGUAUUAUUGUUUUUUCCCUACUGUGCGGAUCUCUUAUCGUACAAGAAGAUGAUGUGAAUGAAACUGUUCCCUCUUCCCCCUCUAAGAGAAGGAUUCAGUUCAUACAGGUAUACGCCAAUAAAAUAGCUAAUAGAGCCCUGAGUGCUGGUGAAGGAUCA